GGUAUGGGCAACAUGGAGGGCUCGCUCACUCAACUCAACCCCACAGCCUACUGGAUGCACACCUCGGGUGCACAAGCUGUGUCAAGGGCAUUUUCGUUGCCGACACUAGUGCCAAUCUCGCGUGCGCUGAUUGCCCACGCUCUUGCACGUACUCUCUCUUGUCUUCACGUCUUCAAUCGCAUUCUCGAAUGCCAUGGCCAGGGCACGUACAGCUUCGACUUGAGAUUUCCCACGUGGAAGGAAUUACACAUCCGGUGGCAUGAAACAAGCGUCAUUGACAACCAAUCAAACGCCCCUUUGAACCACAGCUUGCUCAGCAUAGUUGAGAACGCACUCUCAACCCAUUCAGGAAGUUCAAAGUCCACAGGACCUGUAUACCGAGGACUUGGUGUUCGACUGAGUACAAAUUCUGCACAUCUUCAAAAACGGCAAAAGGAUUUGAGCUGCUUCCCAACGACAGCUCACGAGCGGGUCCACAACGUCUACGGAAUCCCAGCGCAAUGGCUCCUUCAAUGCUCCUGCUCGUACUUGCAAUCUUAGCUCUUUUCAUCUUCCGCAAAUCCCGGCAGUACUUCGCUCUCAAGCACUUUGGUGGCCACUGGUCCAGCGGGUGGUCAAGACUAUGGCUGCUCAAAACUCAGGGUAGCGGUCGCAUGAACAGGAUAUUCACAGAUGUCAAUCGAAAGUAUGGCUCGACGGCACGCAUCGCACCUGGCAUGCUCAUCUCCUCGGAUCCUGAAAUCCUCAAGCGCAUGAAUGCAGUUCGGUCUCCAUUUACACGAGGUCCUUGGUAUGCCGCUCUCAAGCUUCAUCCCGAGCGCGACAACAUCACAUCAUACAUCGACGAAAGGAAACAUGCCGAUAUCCGAAACCGCAUGGCUCCAGGCUACUCCGGCAAAGAGAACUUCCACCUGGAGCAGGAAGUAGAUGAGAAGCUAUUGCAGAUGCAUGAACUUCUGAGCCAAAAGUAUCUCAACAAGCCUGAUCAAGGUAUCUUCAAGACUGUUGAUCUCGGACGUGUCACGUCUUUCUUCACCCUAGAUGUCAUUUCCAAAAUCGCUUUUGGCCAACCUUUCGGAUUUCUCGACAAAGAUGAAGAUCCGUUCGGAUAUCUGGAGAACCUGGCACAAUUCCUUCCUGCAAUCAUCGUCUUUGGCGUCUACACCGAGUUGACCAAACUCCUCAACUUCCCCCUCCUCAAAGCCGCUCUCCCCAAAAGCACAGACAAACGUGGUCUCGGUCGCGUAAUGGGCUUCGCAGCUGAUCGUGUCCGCGAACGCUUUGGCAACAAACCUGUCGUACGACAAGACAUGCUGAGCGCCUUCAUCAACAAAGGUCUCACGCAAGGCGAACUCGAAAGCGAAACUCUGACCCAAAUCACUGCAGGAUCGGACAGUACUGCUUCCGCUCUCCGUCUGGCUCUACAUUUCAUUUCCACAAACCCACCUGUUUUGCAGCGUUUGCUCGCGGAAGCCCAAGCUGGCAUUGCCGAGGGUAGAAUCUCACGACCAGUCAUCCAAGAUUCGGAAGCAAGGCAAUUACCUUAUCUGCAAGCCUGUAUCAAGGAAGGACUAAGAAUAUAUCCACCCGUCACCGGCCUCUUAGCCAAACGCGUUCCUGACGACGGAGUCCGAAUCGACGUCGAUGGCGAGGAGAAAUUCGUGCCUGGAGGUACGCAAAUAGGUUGGAAUAGUUGGGGCAUGAUGAGGCAUGAGGAGAUUUUUGGGGAGGAUGUCGAGAUUUUUAGGCCGGAGAGGUGGUUGCCUCUAAGAAGUAGCAGCAAGGGCGUGGAUGAGGCAGCUCAUGCGGAGAAAGAGCGUGAGAGGAUCGCGAGGAUGACGGAUACGGUGGGGUUAUGUUUUGGGUAUGGAAGGUUUGGAUGUUUGGGGAGGGGCGUUGCGAUGAUGGAGUUGAAUAAGGCGAUUUUGGAGACUUUACUGCGAUUCAAUCUCCAACCUUGCCGGCUUGAUAAACCUUUUGAUGAAAUGGUUGUCGGGUUUUAUGUUCAUACGAAUAUGAAUUUUGUUGUUACAGAGAGGAAGAACGAGGAGGAUCGUAAUGCGUUGGAUUCGAGGGAGUUGCAAGUUGAGGCUGGGGCUAUUGAGGGGGCCUGGGAUGGAUAACAGUACACGUAACUGUUUCAUUGAAGAUCAUCUUACUCGUCUCAUCAAGCGUUCGAGAGAGAUGAUGUGUAUAUGCCUGCUUCGCAAAGCCGUACCAGGAGAACAAACCAUCCGUCACAGAUAUGGCGAUUUCUUGGUCUCCAGUCCGACUUCGAUUGGGUUGGGCUGUAGAGAAGAUCCAGUACACUUGCAGCAGCCCAUGCUGAGCUUUUAUUGGAGAAAGAUUGCCCAUGCUCUGUGCAAUUUCUUCAUGAGAGAGAAUGAUUUGGUCGCGGACCUGGCUCAAAAUGGCUAUACACACAGCCAAACAUUCCAAAGCGUACAUGUAAACGAGUGGCUGGAAAGCGUAGCUAGUACUUGCUCUCCCGAACUUUCUUCGUUGGUCAUGCAUCAAGCAUCACCCACCACCACAACUCCUCAUCUCA